AUGCUACCUUUAUCUAAAGCAGAUAAUGAAGUUUUUCAUAAACUUAUAUUAAAAGCCACUAUUUCUUGUGGUUUUCCAUUAUCUUGGGUGAAUAAUCAAGAAACAACAGAAUUAUUUAAAUUUCUCAACCCACAUAUCAAACUACCAGAUAGAAAAACCCUUUCCACUAAACUAUUGAAUGAUGCAGUUAAAGAAUAUGAUAAUGUCAUGUUAGAAAAAUUAAGAUUAGAUCAAAUAGGUGUCACACUUAUGUUUGAUGGAUGGACGAAUGUUAGGCAACAAGAAUUAAUGGGAUGUGUUCUUUUGAUGUCAGAUGGAGAACCAUGUGUAUGGCAAGCUAUGGAUAUCAGUAGUGAACGUGAUACAAUGUUUGAAGUUAUGACUAAAACUGAAGAAUUAAUUUCCAAAUUAAUAGAUAUGAAAAUAACAUUGUUAUCAAUAGUAACUGAUAGUGCACCUUCCUAUAAUGCAUCAAGGCAAUUCAAAAAUACAUCAGGCAAUGCCUUAAAAGUGUCAGCCUAUUUUAAAGAUGCUAGACAUAAAUAUUUCAUUGGCCAACUUCGUGAUAUUCAAAAAGAACUUUAUAGCAAAUAUAUUCAACUUGCACUUCCAUGUAAUACCAGGUGGAACAGUCAACAUAAUUGCUUUAAAAGUUUAAUUGCUACUAAAAAUGCUUUACGUUCUUUGGCAAUAAAAUUUGAUCCUUCUUCAUCAACGAAUACAUUGAAAAUUUCACAUGAAAUGUAUUGUAUUAUAAUGAAUGAAUCUUUUUGGGACGAACUUUUAAAAUUGGAUCAAAUUUUGAUUCCUUAUUGCAAUAUUUUGAAUAAACUACAAAGUGACAAGGCAAGAUUAUAUGAAGUUUUACAUUGUUAUGCAUAUUUGUAUCAAUUUUGGAAAAGUUAUUCUGAUGAACUCUUGGCCAGUAGAAUAUUAUCAAGAUUGGAAAAUAGAUGGAGUUUAUGGGAACAACCUCUUCUCAUUCUUUCUUGGCUUCUUCAUCCUUUUGAAAAUAAUAUUCACAAAUAUUGGUGCUGGGUUCAGGAUGCCUAUCCAGAAAUUGGAAUUGUUGCAGCACGUAUUUUUGGUAUUUGUAUUAAUGCAGCUUCAGUAGAACGACUGUGGAGUAGUAUGGGAUUUUUUCAUUCAAAAAAUCAAAAUAGAUUGGAGUUCACUAGAGUCUUAGAAAUGGCAAAAUUGAAGGCUGGCAUUACAUAUAAUCGACUUCUUCAACAAGAACUUUCUUUAUCAAAUAAAGAAAUAAAUUUAGAAGAACAGAAUAGCAUUGAAAGAGAAAUGAUAUUGGAAGCCGAAUCUUCAAAUGUAAAUACUAACUUAAAUGAAGAAAGUUAUUUGGGUGAACAAAAUGAUGAACAGGAUAAUAAUAGUUUAGAAGCAGAUGUAAUUGCACAGUUUAAUAAUAAUUUGGGUGAGUGGAUAGAAAUUCUUCAAGAAGAAGAAAAUGAAUCUCUAAAUGAGCUUAUAAACAUUGAAGAUGAUGAAUUUUAUAACUUAGAUGUUCAAAGUAUUGAUCAUCCAGCAACAAGCUCCGAUGGGAAAUGGAAAUUGGAA